UUUGUUUGGCGUUUAGUGUUUUUGUGUAAAAUUAUUCUGCUGUUGUAUUUUAUUUAUUUUAAUUAAUUAAACAAUUGCAUUUAAGAACUUUUAUAUAGUAAUUAUAUAUUUUAAAACUGAUCACAUAUAUACAUCGAAUUAAAAAAUAAUGACACCGUGGGGUAAAAUCUGUCGAAUUUGUGCCAGCCCAGCGGAUUAUGAAAUUUUUGCCAAUAUACCGAUUUAUUUACAUGCAAAUUGUAAAGAUUAUUUGGAUUGGCAAAAGCCCAUUAAUGAGAUGCUCGAGGAGACCACGGGCCUAAAGGUCUCUCCCGAUGAUGGCCUGCCAAAAAAUAUUUGUGCUCUAUGCAUUUCAUAUUUAAAACACGCAAAAACAUUUCGAGAACAAGCCAUUAAUACGUGUUUAAACUUUUUAGCUGUUAAAGAAUAUAAAAAUAUUAUCAAUGACAAAAAAGUAUGGAAUUAUGACGAAAUAAUAGACGAAGUGGCAUCGACUACGCAACGUCAUUACAAUGACGAUGACAACCUGAAAAAUAAUCAAAGCAAAGAUCAAAAUAAAGUUUCCAAACAACUUAUGGCCAACACAAAUAUAAAUGCUACACCAACUCUAUCAAGACAAAUACAACUUUCAUUGCAAUAUCUAAGCACCCUGUACGAUAACAAUGUAAGUGCAGCAGCUACUACAUCAAAUUUGGAAAGAGGCGGUAAUGGCUUAUACAAGCCUUCGUUGGGUACAAAACAAAGAAGGCAAUACAACAAAUCAAUUGAUAUGAUGAUGCCUGGUUCGAGUGGUUGCACUAGUAAAAGACAAAAUUUGGAAGACGAUCUGCCAAGGACAACAUCAAGUGAUGAAUAUGAAACGCCAGAGGAAACGGGAACAGGACAUAUAAAAAACAACAUAUUCUCAUAUAAAGAGAAGAACUUUGAAGAGGAUGAUAUUAUGGAUUUAGAUGAACUUAAAGAUGCUAUAACCAUUAAUAUACCCUCAACAUGCAAGGAGCACAAAUGUUCGUUUUGCUUUAAACGAUUUAUGUUUGAGGAAUCAUUUGGUGAACACAUUAAAAGUUGUAUUGAGUAUAAGUUUGCGACAUUCCUGGAAGAAAUGAAUAAUCUCUUGUACAUUAGGCGGACUAAAGAAAUUUCACCUCACGAAUUCAUACGACGAAUGAUAUUUAGUUUGCGUAAAACUUGUGAAUGGUUAAAGGAAAAUUGUAUUGACACUACUUUACCUGACUUACUACAGAACAAUCAAACGCCAGCAGCUGCCACAAAUAAACAAAGACUUGUAAGCGAAUGUAAAUCUACAGCUUCAUCCACAGAGGAGCACCUAUCCCAUAAAGUAGGACAUAAUAAAUUCAGUAAGACUUUAUUGGCAACUUCUCCCACGUUAUCAUCGAGAUCAGCCAUUGUACGCAACACACCCAUUAAUAUGAGCAACAAUAUUUUACACGAAAUUGAAAGAUCGGAAAGUAGAAAUUCACAAAAACUGAUACUAAAGAAACCUAUACCCAUAUUGGCUACAUCUUCUGCUAUCAAUACUAUAAACAAUUUAAAGCCGGCUAAUGUGCAAUCUAUUUCACAAGACUCGGAACGUUUAGCAUUUAUGGAAAAACUACAAAAUGCUGCCAAACCCAUAGUUGCCACUGCAACUGCUGCCCCAGCUACAGCUGUAUCAACUCCUAUGAAGCCAAUAUUUCAACUUAAUACGAAUAAUCCUCCUACUCCACUUCUUAGUGUUAGACAAGACUUAUUAGUCACUAUUGCCGCAAAUACAAAUACAUCAAUUAGACACACAUCUCCUUUGUUAGAUUUGUUACAGUCAUCAUCUCAUAAUUCCACAACUCACGUUGUUAAUCCUUGUGCCCGUUGUCCUCAAUGUAAUUUAUAUUUCGAUACAUUAGAUGCUUUAGAAAUACACAAUGCUAUGCAACACAAUUCAUUGACAACUGUUUCGUGUGCACCAAGUACUCAAACAGAAGAUGAGCUGGAUUCAGAAUACAAACGUAUAAUUGCACUCUUUGAAGAUGAAGAUGAAAUUUAAAUGAAAUUGUAAUUGUGUUUUUUUUAUAAAUGUUAAGAAAUUGUUUAGUUCAAGGAAUUCAUAUUCACCAACUGAAAAAUGUUUUUUUUUUACUAUACUUCCUGAUAAAUAGUUUAUUCCACAUAUAAAUAUUAAUUUCUAAACUAGUAUUACUUUAUUUUUUAUGUUUUAUGCAUACAUAUAUAGUUUUUAAAGUUUAUUUUUUAAAUUAAAGCAUGUAACUUCGAACAAUGUUGAAAAUUUUCGAAAUCAUGUUUAUCCACAUUUUGUAAACAUAAUUGUAUACUAUAUCCGUACGUCUUACAUAAGUAGGUAUGUGUAUUUAUUUUAUUUUCAUUUAUAUUUUUAAUUUUAUUAUUUUAAAUUUUGACCAUUACAUACAAAUGUAUUUAUGAGUUUAUUUAUUUUUGUUUAAUCAACAUUUGUCUUUUACGUAUAUAUACGUAUAAUUACAAAAUGUUAACCCAAUGUUUUAGUUAUUUAUGUAAAUUUCAAUAUUUUUUAUAUACAUAUGUAUAAUAAAACGACAUGUAAUGUGUUUAUUCAAGUAAACUAAACAA